GUGCACCAAUGAAGUCCUGUUGGCAAUGAUUAUUUGUUCAUUGUGUUAUUAAUAAUAGUAUUCUUUUACUGGAUGCCAAAUUUUUGGCGUAAUUCUAUAAUAUAUCUUCAUGAACUCCAAUACAUUGACAUACACGGGGAAUCAUUCCUUUACAUCUAUUAAUUUUACAACAACAAUAAACUGUACUGCUAUUCAUACAACGACUAUAACAACAACGAAAACAAAUGUCACUAAUAUUCCUACAUCCAUUACCAAUACUUCUUCGUCUACCACCACUACUACUAGUAUUAAUAAUAAUAAUAAUAAUAAUGCAACAACGAAUACAAUUUUGAGCAAAUUAACUGAUCGUGCCACUUAUUUUGCUGUUGUUUCUGAUACUUGUGCAUUCAAUCGCAAUUUAUGCAAAACUCGUUAUUCUCGAUUACCAUUUUUGGAUUUAGCAACUCAUAUUUCUCAACGACCAGCUCCAUGGUUAUAUCAUACAAACAGGGAAUAUUUAAGAGAAUCACCAUCCAAAGAUCCCCAUGUUUACUUACGUUUUCCUCGUUAUCGUUGGCAUUUGGACUACCAGUCACCUCAUAAGAAGCGUAAGACAGCUAAUCAAAAACUUUGGUGUACGUUACAGAAUGGAUUGAAAGCUCUGGGAGUCUCGUCUGACUUAGUUCCUGUUGUUACAAGAAAAGCUUAUGCUAUAGCUGGUCUCUCAAUACCAUCAAGUUUAGCUAAUUACUUGGAUGUUCUAAAUCCUCGAGUGUCUGUCAGUCAUACAACAGGAAAUAAUGCUAAUAAUAAUAAUAGUAGUAACUUAACUAUUUCUACCGGUACAACUAACCGAUUACAGCACUCAGGUUUUGUUGGGACAAACAAUUCCAACGUUCACUCGAAUUCGUUCCAGCGAAAAAUACUUUAUGACAAUCACGGUGAUUAUUCUCAUGAUCCAGUGAUCAACUCAGCAAUAAUAACAUCCAUGUUACAGGAUGAUGAAGAACAUGAUUAUAUUGUUAAUGAUCGAAGUCAGGAUAGUGUAUGCUUUUUAAAUGGUCGAAUUGGAGGAUCGGCGUCGAAUACUCCAGGUUUUUUUGGUGGCAUCACUGGUGAUGAUAGUACACAAUCGUUUGAUGGAAUGUUGACAAUGACUAAACGUACAAACAAAAAUAAUAGGACAACUUCUGAUAAUGUCAAUAUAUCCGAUCGUAGAGAUUUACAAGAUGAUUGUCAGGAUACACAGCAUAACAAUAAUAAGCAUAUAAUGUCAAAUAAAUCAGAUUAUACUAAAACCUACGAUUUAGAUAAUGUAUCUGAAGAUGAUGAUAAUCAAAACCGGGACUAUGACGUAGAGGAUUAUGAUGGCGAGUUGGGAGAAGACAUGGAUGAUGAUGACGUUGGCGGUGAUGCAGAUUGGUUUGCUGGACAACGACGCGGGACGGGAGGAGGUGGGAAUUUAGGUAAUAACGGUUCUGGUGGAGGUAAUAAUGGUCUCGUUAUGAGUGGCGACGGAAGAAGAGGCAAAACACGAUCUGUAUAUUCAUUGAAAGUGACAAAAUAUAAUCGAAAAAUCGUCAAUCAGAAAGUUAAUCGUUCGUCCCAAAAUUUUCCUGCACUCAGUAGUCGCUUAGGAGGUAGAAGAUUUACGAAACGUCACCUUGGUCGUCCAUUUUCAGGUCGACUCCAAGCAAACGAUUCACGCAUGGAUGAUCUAUCUUAUACCUAUGCUAAAUCUAGUCCUUCUGUUGGACGUCGUGGUAGUCGGGCUAUUUCUCGUCUUGGUACUAGACAUAUGAGUGAUAGUUGGAAAGGGCUUCAACGUUAUGGAAUUGUUAGAGACAAGCUAAACGAAUGCAACGAUUCUUGGGAUGUCGAUAAUGAACCCGGUUUCCAGUUGAACGCUACUCCUAUUACACCUACAAUGAAUGAGAAACACGAAGGGAAAUUACUCGGAAAUUGUAAUACAUUAAACGAUCGGUUGAAUACGUCGAAUUUAUUUUCAUCAUCGUCUCAUCCGUCGACGUCAUCAAACUCUUUAUAUCUUCAUUCUUCGUUAGUAAACAAUGAUAGAUCUUUGUCAGCUAUAUAUGAGUCAUCCAUACAAAAUCAAUUCAGCUCUGACCGUAGUUCACCUUUAUUAUCUCAGUCGAAAUUUGUUCGUUCGUCAGCUACACCAGCGAAUUGGUCUCAUUUAAUGAAUGUAAAUCAGUCAAAUGUUGGGACACAAUUAUCAACUACAGUCAAUAUGUCCAUUUCAUCAAUGUCAUCUUCAUGUAUAGUUUCAUCAUCAUCUCCAAUGGAUUCGUGUCGAAUAUCAGAACAGCCCAACAACUUAUCGUUACCUCGUCGUUACGAUUCAAAUGAUUAUGUUAUGCAUAUAGAGGAGUUGUCGAAAAAUCAUGAAAGUAGUCCACAAAUGUUUUCAUAUGGUCGUCGUCCCAAUACAUCUAGACUGUCGAACUGUAGUGAUACAAUGAAUCGUUAUAAUCCUCUGUCAGUACCUUCAGUUAGUUUUCAUAACACUCCAUCAAUAAAUAGUACAGUUGGUUCAAUGGUCAACCCAGUUUUCAGUAAUAUCGAUCAGCCAAAUAAUAAUACUAAUAAUAGUCCCAUAAAUACAUCCAAUGUUAGUGAUAUAAUGCGAAUAGUCGAUAUUUCUAAUACUGAUAAAUCCAAUAAUGGACGAGUGGUUGGUGAUUUGCAAACAUUUGUUAACCCUCAAACAGCUACUACGACUGUAACUUUCUUUGUAUGUGAAGUAUGCUCGUCACGCUAUCGAUCUACUGCAGGACUUCGUUAUCAUUACCAUAGUCAACAUUCAGGUUAUACACCACAAAACCCUAUAUCUGCUUCAGCAUCAAGACUUGUUGUACCGGUUGGUGAAGAAAGAGGUAUUGGUGGAGGACUUCGUGGCGGACGACCUAGAAGGCAUCGAGGUUCGACUGCUUCGUCGAAAUCACGUGAUAAAUUAGUGAACUCCCACUAUCCUAACGAAUAUCAAAUCUCUUCUGAACAAGAUGACAGAUCCAACAGUAUCUUAUCGUCACAAUACUCCAAAAUUACAAAUCCUUAUUCACCAUCAUCUCAAAAUAACAAACGCGGACAUAAUAAUAUAAAUCGUAUAGAUUGUAAAACAAUUGACUCUAGAUCAAUUGUAGAGCCAAAGUUAAUCGAUCUAAUUGCAAGUCAAACGGUUCCAUUGAAAUAUCAAGAGAAAGUUCACGUUAAUCAUUUCAAUUCUAUAGAAUCCGAUAAUGAUAAUAGCGAAUUAUUGAUGAAUAAUAAUAAUAAGGAUAAUAAUAAUAAUAGUUUGCUAACCUCUGUGGAAAUGAAAAAGUUACCUUUCAUGGAUAACCAUACUAGUGGCUCAGAACGUUUAUCACAGUGUUCUAUGCCUUCAUCAUGUUCACCAGCAAUUACACCUGGUAAAUUUGUAGAUUCUACAGAUUCAGUAGUUGUCGUCAGUGAUUCAUCAUCAUCGUCAAGAUUUCAAAUGACUGAUUACACUAACUAUAACAAUACUAUUAUCAAUAGUAGUAAUAAUUUACCCCAUACAAAUAUUCAUUCUGUACAACGCCACAACACUUUACAAUCAUCAUCAUCAUUCAAUUCUCCAAUUUCACAUCUGGGAAAUAGCGUGAUUGGUAAUAAAAUCCAUUCACAUAUUCCCUAUUCUCAUCCUCAUCAUCACCAUCCUUAUUUGUCAUCACAACAGCUACAAUCAUCUCCACAAAACAAUUGGAAUUCUUCGAAUACAAUAUUUAAUCAAAUGCCCUAUGGUUCCUCAAGUGUUCCCAGUAGUCAUACUUCUUUUCCUCGGCUGCCACCACCACAACAGUCCCCAGCGACAAUGAAUCAUGUAGGUCCACAGCAACGACGUUAUGAAAGACAACGCUGUCCAGAUCGACUUGGUCUUACAUGUCCAUCUAUUAACUCGUCCACAUCUUCACGAUUAUUGUCGACGUCAACAGCAUCCAUGCCUAUAUGUGAUUACUGUCUAGGUGAUGAUAAUAUGAAUCCACGUAUUGGUCAUCCAGAAGGUAUGUUACAAUGUUCUCGAUGUGGGCAUAGUGCACAUUAUACGUGCCUACGUCUACCUCCGCAUAUAAUUGAUGCUGCACUGCGCUAUCCAUGGCAGUGUAUUGAGUGUAAAACAUGUUGGUUAUGUGAUCAAGAUGAUCAUGAGGAUCGAAUGAUUUUUUGUUGGGAUUGUGAUCGUGUAUUUCAUGCACUUUGUAUCCCAACUCGAUUACCUCGUACCCUUGAUGCCCAUUGGACCUGUGAUAUUUGUUUGCAUGAAAUAUAUAAUAAUAAUAAUAACAAUAACAGAUCUAUAUUUGAUCAACGUACACAUACUAAUUCUGGUUAUGAAAUUUAUGCAAAUAAUACUUGUAAUACUAAUAUUGGUAGUAAUAAUACUAAUACUACUACUACUACUACUAGUACUGAUAAUAAUAAUAAUAAUAAUAGUAAUAAUGACAGGAAUAGUAACAAUAAUGAUGAUAAUAAUAGUUUUAAUCAAAUGAUGAAUACUGGCAAUGGUUAUUUUACUCAUAAUGUACAGCAUCAUACACAAAAUACCGCACGUUCAUAAUGAUUCAUAUAUUCUCUUUUAAAUUUUAAUAUUGUCCUGUACAAUUGCUCAUUUUUAAUUUGAAUUAAUUAAUUAAUUAUAAAAAGAAAGAAAGGAGAAUACAUGAAUAAUGAUUUUUAUUUUUGUUCUUUUUUCUCUUCAUUUUGUUUUUUUUUUAAAAAUGUUUUACAUUUAUUUUAACUUUGUUUAUUGUUUUAUUCUUUGUUGUGCUCCUUUUUCUUUUUUUCGCUUUUCUUUUUGUUUUCUCCCUUCGUCUCAUUAUCAUUGAUCAAUAUUUACUGUUAUUUAUAUUGUGUAUAUCAGCUUUAAUGUUUUUUUUACAGUGAUAUAUAUAUAUAUAUAUAUCUAUGUAAAUGUAUAUUGAACAAGUGUGAAAUUCUGUUUAUCUAUGCAUUUCAUACAUGUGCAUUAUUGUAAUUUGUUUAUCAAUAUGGUUUAUAAGAAGAGAAAUCAAGUGUUUCAUUGGCUUAGUUACAAUAGGCUCUACUUGGAAUUAUAUAUAUAUAUAUAUAUUAAAGUAUGUAAUAUGUACGUAUGUUUAAUAACAUUGUGAUUAUUUGUUUUAUUUCUUUUCUUUUUGUUGAUUAUUUCUUGUGUUGUUAACUUUAAACAACAGGAGAAAAGUUUGUAACCAAAAUGUUGGCAUCAUAAACUGAAUAGUUUUUCAUGACUUAUUUAUUAGUUAAAUGAAAUUUGGUCAUUCUUGUCUCUCUCUCUCACUCACAAACACACACACACAUCUUUUAUUGUUGUUAUUAUUAUUGUUUAGGUGUCAAAUUUGUUGUUUGUGCUCAAUUGUAAUGAUAAUAUUAAUGACAGUUAAUUAUUAUUUAUUUAUUUUGGAUCAGUCAAUCUAUCAUACUCCUCCUUAAUGAGUAACUUUUCUUUUCUUUUUUUUUGUAGUGCAAUCUAUUGUUAGGCAAAUAUUUAGGGAUAGGGAUACUUAAAUUAAGUUGUACAAUGAAUUUUAAUGACUAUUUACAGAUAUAUUAAUAUGCACAUCAAUUCUGUGUAAUAAUUAGUUAAUUUCUUUUUGUUUCUUCUUCUUUUCUGUUCUCGAUGUUGCUUUUGAUGUUGUCUGUCACAGUUAAUUCAAUUAAUUUAAUCAUUCUAUGCUGAUAACUUAUUUUUCUUCAGUGUAUUUUGUUUUUUCAUUUCUUAUUUAUGUAUUGUUAUUAUUAAUUUUCAUUGCAACUUAAACGAUUCAUUUUGAUCUUGUUUUUGUCUCUACUCCUCCCCUUAUGAAAUAUUUAGUUAUAUUUUGUUGACAUGAUCUUUUGCAAUUUGUGUGUAAAUGUUAUACCAUUGUGGUGUCAGGCGCCGGUCGUUAUUAUUUCAAAAGCUAUAAAGGCCUAUAUACACAAAACAGUUGAAUUGAUAUACAUUACAUAAAUAUAUACAUAUUCCACAUAAUAUACAUAAAAAUCAAUAAAUGGAUCUUUAUUUCGUUUCAUAUUAUUGUUACUUCUAUGAUUAUCUUUUCAUGAUAUUCACUUCGAAAGAAAGCACAACAGAAAUAUAAUGUUUCUUUUGUUUGUUUGUUUUUUUGUUUCCCAAACUCUACUUUGAUUUGCAAUAAAGAAUUAUUUGUUUUUUCUAGGUGCUUUUUUUGUUGAGAGAAGAUGUCUUAAUUCAAAGUGUUCUGAUGUUUUCGAGUUAGUGAGUAUUUUUGUUUGAACAGUGGUUACAUGGGCUAUGUGACAUGAAAUUAUUAAGUGAUAUUUUUUUAAAAUCGUCAACAAGGUGUAUUGUCUCCAGUCGUGGAUGGCUUAUUCGUACAAAAACCCAACAUUUCAAUGUUUAAAUAUAGGGCUAUUGAAGGUGAUCGGCAAAAGAGCAAUAACGUUCACAAGUUUACAUAUACUUUUUUCUGACGAGUGUGAUCCUAGGUUCAAGGUCUUCAAUGUCUAACCACCCAGCACCAAAAUAUAAUGCACACAAUGCCGAUGUGGUUUGUUACCACAUUGUAAAUCGAACGGUAUUCCCCUGGUAUCUUUAUACAGGAUAAUACUCGUAAUUGUUGUCCAAUUGUAUUUAUUCACAUCAUACUAUCACAUUUUAACUGACUGAACUUACAUGUAAGAUCCGAUCUUCAAGUAGCUUGGUCUCGGCUUAUUCAUUUGGUGAUAUCCGUCAAUUAAGACAUCGCCUUUCACUGUUUAAAUGAAUCUCUUUCUGCAAUGUAUGUUUACUAUAGUUAACUGGUGUUAAGCCUGUAUAUCAAAUCUUAACUUCACCAAUCAGUGAUGAAUUGACAAAAAUUGUGUUUCAAAAUGACUUUCAAUUACGGUUAUUGUUAUCAAAUGUUUUGCUUGUGUUAUGCUGCUGAGGUAAUAACGAAAUGUAUUGCGCAAAUAUAUAAUUCUGAUAAACUUCAUCUUCUUAUUGUAUUAUCGAAAUUUAUCAAAAGGACAAAUUGUUUUAAUAUCACUUCAUCGGAGCUUUGUAUCAAUAAUUUGAUUUUGUAAGUGAUUAUUAAUAGACUACACUAAUCGUAUUAAAUCACAAUCUAACGUAAAAACC